UCCUUUCCUUCGCUACCCUAUCCUCGUCAUCGCCUUCCUCCACAAGCGAGCAUUCGACUGUUCGGCGACAAAGACUCUUCCAGUGCCGUGCCCUUCGUGUUUGUGAUUUUGAGAGAGCAUUUCCAGCUGGUUUUUUGGCCGGUUGGAUUUCUUCUCUCGAACGCGAACCUGGAAGGACCCUUGGGAAAGUCAUCGCGAGCUCACGGGAGCCUCCAUGCCAAGCUCAGUUCCCUCAUGAGACCCCAGACGCGACGACGGAUCUGAAGGACCAUUCCGAACCCUCUCGCAGACGAAUUUUCGUCGAUACGCUCUUUUAAAAAACCACCUAGAUACACGAUUAAGCCCUGGUGCUCAUACGUCCACUCACUUACACUCGUUCAGUGACAUCUUGUCAACCACAUUCGUUUUCAAUAAAUCACCACAAUAGCAAACUUGCCAAUCGUCUUUGCCACCCACGACCGAACAACUCGCAUGUCAUUCUAGGCUAUUGGUCAUCAGAACAACCGAAAACAGCAUGCACAACUUCUCGAAAUUGGCCGUGGCAUUUGUCGCGGCUGCCUCUUUCGCAAGCGCAGAACCCGAGACUAAGGCCAAGGUCGAGAGGCCCAUCAUAUACUUUCCGAGGCAUAUCAAGAGACAGUUUGCCAACACGACGACUCCUGCUAGCGAAGCCUCGUCUUCAACCUCAAGGCCGCCCCCGAUCCCCGUGCCGGAGACCUCAUCAUUCUCAUCCUCGGCCUCGUCGUCUUCGGCCCAGGAAUUGACAGCCUCGAGGCAGCCUACCAGCAUAGAUGAGUUCUUCAGCACUCUGAGUGAUGCAUUGACUACCGACUCGACCCCCUUCAGCCAAAGGCCCGCAACAUCGGGGGCAGGAAGAAGCUCUGCAACUGGAGACGUGACCCCGAUCAUCGUCCCAAGCUCUGCUUCACCUCCUUCGACGGCUGUCAAGCCCGGUUCAGUGUCAGCCCUUACGACCUCCCAGAACUCGACCUCAGCUGCCACAUCAGAAUCCGUCACAUCGCCCGGUUCCACCUCGGGCCCGGCUGGUACACCGGAGUCUUCCUCGGCAUCCGAUUUCACGAGCGCGGUAGCAACAUCUCGGGCUUCCACCGCUACCUCGAACACCGGGUUGAUCCCGGAGACCACCAUCCUCCCAACAACGGCUACUUCGAACACUGGUUUGAUCCCGGAGACCACCAUCCUUCCAACCACCGCAAGUCUGAGCACUGCGGAAUCGGCUGUCACUCCCAGCAUCACUUCCUCUGCUAGCUCGUCUGGUAUUCUCAUCGCUCCCACCGGUGUCGUGACCCCGACAAGCUCGAGCUCGACCGAGGACCCUGUGUUUGAUGGCAUUGGCACAUUAAUCAGUAGCAUCGUUUCCUCGGUUUCGACGGUCUUGCAGCCCAAUGGCACCGCUCCUGUCACGACCACCCCUAAUACAUCCGUUGACGUUGCUACAACCCCCGUUGACAUUGCUUCGACCACCGCCUCUGAUACCCUUAGCCCGACCACUGCGGUUGUCUCUACCACAGGGCCAGUAACUUCAGUUCAAACCCUGCCCCCCGUGUCCACCCCCACCGCGAAUGGAACUGUUACUUCCCCACCCGUAGAUUCGCAGACAACUGUCUUGCCGACGACAACCCCCGGGCUUUCCUCGGACACUAUUGUCACAAGCCCGGGUGUUACGGCGAACAGCACACAGGUUCCUACUACGGUCCCCACCACGAUCCCGACUACGCAGCCUCCUGUUACCGAGCCGACCAUUACUCCCACAGUUCUGCCACCCAGCCCGAACAACACUGUUCCGAGCAACACGACGACGCAGCUGCCACCUACUCAGGCUCCUACGCUCACUCAGUUGCCAACCACUACCACUAGCCCUGCUCUCACUACUCCCGCUACUACUCCCUCUGUGGCACCCACCUCGGCGACGAGCAGCGCCAACUCCAAUGACGACUGGCUCCCGACCACCAUCAUCGUACAGGCGCCUCUUCCGUCCACAACGGGCUCCUCAACGAACGCUCCGUCAUCUGCCCCCACUGUACUGCCAUCUGAUCUGCCUAAGAUAAUCAACCCAUCUGACGACAUCACGGAGCCACUGGGUCCUGAUAUGAUGGAGAUUCAGGUUGCUUUCAAGUUCGCGCUGAACUACAGGUUCAUUACCAACGAGAAUCCCAAUGCCGGAGCUCAGAUCUUUGAGUAUCUUCCCAAGUCGCUAAAGUACAUGGAGGGAUUGACCGAGGAGCAAAAGAAGAGGCUUCAAGUUCUCCGAGUUGUUCCCCUCAACACGGAGCAGCAGCUCGGAUACGUCACUUCUGUUGCCAUCGCCACCUGGCCCAAGGCUUUUUUCCCUCAGCUGCGUCUGGACGUGAAGACGCCCUUUUCGCAAUUUUACCAGAACACUAGCAACGGCAUGCUUGCCCACAAUCUGACGAUGUUGGUGAACCCGGCUAUCGACAUCCUCCCUGGAGCUACUCUUGACGGGAAGCCUGCUGGUGCAGGUUCCGGUACCGGAGGUAACGGUUCGAACGGUCCCAACGAUGUCUUCAACAACGACAACAACAGCACCAACCAGUCAGCCACUCAGCGCGGAACUGUAGCUGGUAUUGCAUUUGGUGCUGUUUCGCUCGCGGCCGCGUACGGCGCUGCCAUGUUCAUUGUUGCGCGUCGGUACAAGAAGAAGAGACAGGCACACCGUCGCUCAAGCUCCGUUGCUACACCCUCCGAGAUGCGGCAGUCCGGCAGCCCUGCCUUGAUGGGUGGUGCACUUCUCAGCCGCGACUUUACUCAUUACGGUGGGGUCAUGGGGCCAGCUGGUGGGCGUGAGAGCCACGGCAGCAAUGGUAGUGGCAGGAGCGCGGGCAACUCUGCUCGAACUGCUGGCAUCUCGGCGCCCGUUGCACAGGAGAACUCACUCGGCUGGAACUGAUCGCAAUGCCAUUGUUAUCAAGCGCACUUGCAUAUGAAAUCAUUACGCCGUUUCCGACUACGGUUUACGCUACUCGCCAUACCCACAUCCACUGCCCACGCACCUUUUAUUUUGUCUCUUGACUUUUUUUCAACUUCGAUACCCCUCGGGAGGUCAUUGUUUUGGAUUAUUGCAUACGACCAGCCUUGUGUUUCAGUGCUGCUUUUCAGUGGAACUGCGCCGGUUUUUGGCUUAUGGACAUCUGUGUGCUGAUCUGUCGCCAUCUUCUGUUUUUGGAUGCUUCCAAUUUUCUCUUCAAGAUCUUCACCGAACCGUUUUGUCUUCUAGCGGAAUGGCUCUCUUUUUUAUUUAUAAGAUUCCUCGCCGGUUCGCGAUUGGACCCAGGAAGCUACAGCCCUGCAACCCUAUUGUACUCUUCCUAUACGCGGGUACAAGGUGACUUUUGGCUUGGACGCCCUUUUUAAUCUCUAUUGUUUUCUUCUUGUACUUGGUCUCUUGAUUGGUCGGCUGGCAGUGUGUAGGUGUGUUGGACGAUCUACCUCAGGAUUUGUGGCGGAACAGAGCGAACGAGCUAUUUGGCCAAGAUUAUAUGUGUAUUGUGUGUUGGAUAUCAAGACAUGUCAGCGAGACGCGGAAAGCGAAAGGUACCUUAGCGAGGGGACUGGCAUGUACGAAGCAACGCGUCAAAGCCGUCCCUUCCCCCUUUCUGUCCAGCAGAUCAAAAUCCAAAAUCCACAUACUCCAAGGGACUGGUGGGAUUAUUGUUUGCUUCCUUUCUAGUCAUUUCGACUCUCUUUUCCUCGUUUAUAUAUUUUUCCUACCCUUGGACGGAGAACAAAAAAAAAUGGGAGGGUUUCUCAGAUAAAACACUGCCUUUGUAAAUAACGUGAUCGAGAUGUCAAGCGACUGAUCUCGCCAGUCUGCCCAAACAAAAAUCAAUUUUUUUUUAAAAAAAAAAGCAAAGAAAAGAAAAACAUCUUGAUUUCUUUCCGAGCGAUUUUCCCUUGUCUUUUUGUCAAC